AUGACAGAUGAAGAAAGAUGGGAGAUUUACCAUGCUCUGUUGGCAAGAAGCAUCAAUGGGAAACUGAAAGAAUAUCAUACAACGGAGGUUUCUAAUUUAUUCUCUGUACCUCUACAGACAGUGCAAAAGAUUUGGAGGAGGGCCAAAAAUACUCCCAAUGGUGAAGCUGUUGAUGUAUCACACAAGAGAAAAGGUAAUUGCGGUAGAAAGAAAAAUCAUAUUGAUCUUUCUCGAAUUGUUGAUGUUCCACUUCGUCGUCGUAAAACAUUACAGUCGUUAGCCGCUUCUUUGGAUAUGAGCUGCACAUCACUGUUUCGAUGUCUAAAAGAUGGGCUCAUCAAGCGCCAUACCAAUGCUAUAAAGCCGUCUUUAACAGAGAACACUAUGAGAGUUCGAUUAGAGUUUUGUAUCUUCAUGCUCGACAGAAGUACUAUGCCGGAUCACCCGAAGUUUAAUGUUAUGCAUGAUGUUGUACAUAUCGACGAGAAGUGGUUCUACAUGACAAAAAGACAGAGUCUUAUUAUCUUCAUCCCGUUGAAGAAACUCCACCGUAUCGCACUUGUCAAAGUGCAUCCAGUUCAAAGAAAAAUCAGAAAUCGAGCUGCCGGAACUAUGGAAUUGAAGCCGAUGACCUCCAUCAAAAGAGAAGAUAUAAAAGAGUUUUUGAUAGAAAAGGUUUUGCCACGAAUUCGUGAAAGGUGGCCACGAGAAGAUUUUGGAAAGCCUAUUUAUAUUCAACAAGAUAACGCACGGACGCACGUUGAUCCAACAGAUGAAUAUUUUCGAGCAGCUGCUUCUCAACAGGGUUUUGACAUACGUUUAAUGUGUCAGCCACCGAAUUCACCGGACUUGAAUAUUCUCGACCUUGGAUUCUUUAAUGCCAUUCAAACACUACAACACGAAGUGUGUCCGAAGACUACCGAAGAACUUGUUUAUGCAGUAAAAAACUCAUUUGAUGAGUACUCCUCAAAGCAUGUGAACAGGAUAUUUUUGACUUUGCAAUCCUGUAUGAAGGAAACUAUGAAGGUCCGAGGUUCAAACGACUACAAAAUCCCUCAUUUGAAGAAAGCUAUUAUGGAAAAGUAA